CGGCAAGUCGUCCAUGACCGAAGUCAGUGACUCUGGAUCGAGGCACGAAAAGGUGCAAGAGCCUCAAUCCUCUGUCAAGCCCGAGGGCGAGCCAAACGCCCGCCAAGACGUAGACCACGUCGAGGAAGCUAAGAAGAAGGUGAAGACACAAACCGAGCUCGACGCAGAAUUCCAACUGAAAAUGCAAGAACACUCCGGCGACGGCGGCGCCUCCGGAGUCGAGUACGAAGACGGUCAACCAGUCUCGAUGAAGCGGAGCGUCAAGAAUAACAUGUUCCGCUACAUCUGAGCGGGAUCGCGCUUUCUCCUUGUACGUCCUGCAUCUUAGCGUCAGACCAGGCAUACUGAGGGUUCGGAUAAGGUGUAACAUUAUCGCUGUAUAUCAGCAUUACGACUACAUCUGGGUGUCAUAGUAUAGGAAAUAACGUCUUGUUCUCACAGC